AGCUCCUCUGUGAUGCCUGCCCCAUGCUAAAACAUUACCCUCUUUCAGGGCCCUCUGCUAUGGAUACAACUUCGUUUCUAUGCGUGUUUCUGGCCACGGUCCUGGCUUUGUUAGCGCUGCAGUUGAAGCGCAGGAUGUCCACACGUGCCCCCCAGGAAGCCCCUCACCUGCCAGCACUACCCCUGAUCGGCAGUCUGCUGAGUCUGCGGAGCCCACACGCUCCUCAUGUGCUUUUCAAAAAACUGCAGGAGAAAUAUGGACAGACAUACUCUCUGAUGAUGGGCUCCCACUGCGUCAUCAUCAUCAACCAACACAAACACGCCAAAGAAGUGUUGCUGAAGAAGGGAAAGAUAUUUGCUGGAAGACCAAGAACUGUAACCACAGAUGUUUUGACCAGAGAUGGAAAAGACAUUGCAUUUGGAGACUACGGUGCUACCUGGAGAUUCCACAGGAAAAUAGUGCAUGGGGCUUUGUGCAUGUUCGGAGAGGGCUCUGCCUCCAUUGAAAAGAUCAUCUAUGCGGAGGCCCAGUCUCUGUGCUCCUUCCUGGCUGAGGCUGCAGCUGCUAGACUGUCCUUGGAUCUGUCUCCGGAGCUGACACGGGCCGUCACCAACGUCAUCUGUUCGCUCUGUUUCAACUCUUCCUACCACCGAGGAGACCAGGAGUUUGAGGCCAUGCUGCGCUACAGCCAGGGCAUAGUGGACACUGUGGCAAAGGACAGCCUGGUGGACAUCUUCCCCUGGUUACAGAUUUUCCCUAAUGCAGACCUGCGUCUUCUAAAGCAGUGUGUUUCAGUCAGAGACGAACUGCUGCAGAAGAAAUACAAUGAACACAAGGCAGACUACAGUGACCAUGUGCAGAGAGACCUGCUGGACGCCCUGCUGAGAGCCAAACGCAGCGCCGAGAACAACAACACAGCAGAGAUCAGUGCAGAAUCUGUGGCUCUCAGUGACGACCACCUCCUCAUGACUGUGGGAGACAUUUUUGGAGCUGGUGUGGAAACCACCACCACUGUACUGAAAUGGGCCAUCACCUACCUCAUCCAUCACCCACAGGUGCAGAGGCGAAUCCAGGAGGAGCUGGACAGUAAGGUGGGGGGGGAUCGGUCCCCCCAGCUCAGUGACAGAGGCAGCCUGCCCUACCUAGAGGCCACCAUCAGGGAGGUGUUACGGAUCCGCCCUGUGGCCCCUCUGCUCAUCCCCCACGUGGCCCUCAGUGACACCAGCAUCGGGGACUUCAAAGUGAGAAAAGGAACUCGAGUCAUCAUCAACCUGUGGUCUCUGCACCAUGAUGAGAAGGAAUGGGAAAACCCGGAGCUGUUUGACCCUGGUCGGUUCUUGAACACUGAAGGCACAGGUUUGAUUAUUCCGUCGCCCAGCUAUCUGCCGUUCGGUGCUGGGGUCAGAGUGUGUCUGGGCGAGGCCUUGGCCAAGAUGGAACUCUUCCUCUUCCUAUCGUGGAUCCUACAGCGCUUCUCUCUCUCUGUCCCACCGGGACACUCUCUGCCCAAUCUGGAGGGAAAGUUUGGUGUGGUCCUCCAGCCGGCCAAGUACAAGGUGAACGCUAUGCCAAGACCAGGCUGGGAGAGAAACAAGUCCCCGAUAUGUUGAGACUGUUUUAACAUCUCUGGCUCCUACUGACUUAAUGGUAACCCUGAUUGUCACGCAUGCAGAUGAUCAUGCUUGUAGUGAACUGGAAAUAUCAAAGCAUCUCUUUCUUCACAGUGUGACAUAAUAUACAAUUUAUAGGUAAUAUAAUCUAUGUAAUGUCUUGUCUUUUUUUGAACACACCGUCUCUAAUAAAGUUUUGAUUGAUU